GGGGUCCGCGGGGAACCUGGGAAGCCUGACGGCCAAGCGCUGCAGCGCGUCUCCGAGCUAUCAGGCCGACCCACGACCAUCAUUCUUUUAGCCAGGCCACCACUUUGACAAGUCACAAAUCUCGCUUUGAAUAACUCAAUCGAAGCAUUUCCACCCACACAAACACAAUGGACAUUCUCACGCAAAAGACGCCCACGGCGCUGGCAAUCGCACAGGCGGUGGGCAUCACAGGCAGUGUAUUCCUGCUAGGCUCCAAUGUCUCCCUCUCCGUCGUCGGCAUCCCCGCCGCCAUGCAAGCCCCCGCACCCCUCGCCGUAAAGCAGUGGUACACAAUCUUCACACGCGGCGGCGCAAUCGCACGCCCUCUUGCUGCUAUCUCGGCGCUGGCAACGGGGUAUCUGGCUUAUCACCAAGACCGCUCCUCAACUCCCUUCCGCCUCAACGCCCUCGCAACCGUCCUCCUCCCCUCAAUCGUCCCCUUCACCCUCCUCGUCCUCGGCCCCACGAACGACAAACUCAUGGCAAAGAAGGACGAACUUGCCAACGCUUCCCUGCGCGACAAGCACGUCGAGCAAUUUGCCAAGGAAGGCGAGACAGUCAAGGAGCUGAUGGACAAAUGGGCUAGUUUGAACUUGGCGCGCGCACUGCUCGUCGGUGUCGGUGCGGUGUGUGCGGUCGCGGCAGGUGUCGUGGGCAGGAGGGAAGUUAAGGAGAUUGGCAGGUUUGCCGGGUGGGGACGGUAGAUGGGAUGACUGAGAUGAUGUAUGGAUUAUGGGGGGUAUGAUACACGAAUAUAUGAAUUGAUUAGUAUAUCUCAGCUUGUGUAGUAUGUCUCUUUCGAGAGAAACGAGGUUCGCAUUGGAAGAGAAGUAUUCGCUUGUGACAAGAGGAAGUUUGGGAAGUGUGAAGCGCGGAUGUCUGGACUGAGUUUAAUAUAUAUAUGGCGGUAUGCUAGAUGUAAGUAAGACACCACAGAGGCUGCACGCUCUAACAUGGACAAGACAUACGGCUUUGCCUCAGCUUACUGUAAUCCGUGUAGAUCCAUCGCUUACUCUUUACAACAUCACUCCGAACUUCUAGGUACGCAAUAUACA